ACCGGGAACAAGUGUCUUGACCUAUCGGUUGCGUGAUUUUAUCAGCCACCGUAGAGAUUUUGAAUGUGUUGAAAUCCGCUGGACGAGAGGGGCUGCAUGUAAUGAAGUCCAACAAUAGGCAGCGGAGAAAGAGACGGAGGGGAAGGAGAAGAAGGUAAAGGAGGGGGGAGGGUUGGCAUGUUCUCCUCCCGGGCGGAAGGAGACGUUGCGCUCAGGCAGGAGAAUGAAUCGCAGCGCCACCGAGCCUGAAUCCGACGUAGUAGAAUGGAGCUGAGAAUAAUCAGAGUUACAUUGUAGCCAGAAACAAACCGAAUAUUGUUACAAUCUAACAGUUCCGUCGGAGGAAUAGGACACAGCAAUGCGAAGCCUGCGCUGAACAGCAGCGGCCGGGUGAGAAAGAGGCAGAAAGAUGGGCGCCGUGCUACGGACUCUGUUGUUAUGUAGUUUUUGUUUGCUAAUACGAGGUGUACCCCUCCUGCUGUACGCCAACCGGCGGGACCUGCGGCUGGUGGAUGCGGCUCACGGCAGGGCCAACGCCACGGUGGUGGUGGGCGGUCUGGAGGACGCCGCCGCUGUGGAUUACGUAUACGCUCAGGGAUUGGUCUACUGGAGUGACGUCAGCGAGGAGGCCAUCAAACGCACCACCUUCAACCAAUCAGGGCCCGGCACGGCGGCGGCGGCCCAGACCGUGGUUGUAUCGGGGCUGGCGUCUCCGGACGGCCUGGCCUGUGAUUGGUUAGGCAGGAAGCUGUACUGGACGGACUCCGAGACCAAUCGGAUAGAGGUGGCUGAGCUGGAUGGAUCGUUACGGAGAGUUCUCUUCUGGCAGGACCUGGACCAGCCCCGAGCCAUCUCUCUGGACCCGGGGAGAGG